UUUUUUUUUAAAUUUAAUUUAAUUGUUUUGAUAAAUUUACUAUUUAAAGCAUAAGUGAUUAUCAAAUUUCAGUGACAUUAUUUUCAACUUUAAUUAAUUACAGCAAUUUUAUUUAAAUCACACAUUUUUAUACAAAGUGAUAUUACAUGUGAUAUGAAAUAAACCAAGACUAAUAUUUCUAAGUAUUAGAUGAUUAUUCAUGUUGGUGAUAACGAGAAUACUUAUUCUUAUGCAACAUGUUAUAUGAGUUUUUCAUAGACAAGUAAUCUAACUGACCGGCAGUUAGACUGAUACUGGUUAAUAACCUGACUCCUCUACAUACAAUAAGAGUUUUUCAUAAAGAAGUAAUGUGACUGAAUACAAUCAUGUUCAUUUUGGUGUGAAGCUUCAUUCUUACAGCAUAUGCAAUAAGAAUUGUUCCCAUAGAAGUGACAUGUCUCAACAGUAUCAUAUUCACAUGGGUGAGAAACAUUUUCCCUGUAAUAUAUGUAAUAAGAGUUUUUCAAAUAGUAGUGGUCUGACUAGACAUAGUCGUGUUCACACUGGUGAGAAACCUUUUUCCUGUAGUAUAUGUAAUAAGAGUUUUUCAAACAGAAGUCAACUGACUAGUCACAGUCGUGUUCAUACUGGUGAAAGACCUUAUUCUUGUAGUAUAUGUAAUAAGAGUUUUUCACAUAGAAGUCAUCUGACUAAUCACAUUCAUGUUCACACUGGUGAGAAACCUUUUUCCUGUAGUAUAUGUAAUAAGAGUUUUUCACAAAGAAUUCAUCUAACUAUACACAAUCGUGUUCAUACUGAUAAAAAACCUUUUUCUUGUAGUAUAUGUAAUAAGGGUUUUUCACAAAGAAUUCAUCUAACAGUACACAAUCGUGUUCACACGGGUGAGAAACCUUUUUCCUGUAGUAUAUGUCAUAAGAGUUUUUCAAACAGAAAUAAUAUGACUACACACAGUUCUGUUCAUACUGGUGAGAAGCCUUUUUCUUGUAGUAUAUGUAACAAGAGUUUUUCAAGCAGAAGUUAUCUGACUACACACAAUCGCAUUCACACUGGUGAGAAACCUUUUUCCUGUAGUAUAUGUAAUAAAAGUUUUUUAAACAGAAGUGAACUGACUGGUCACAGUCGUGUUCAUACUGGUGCGAAGCCUUAUUCUUGUAUCGUAUGCAAUAAGAGUUUUUCCCAUAGAAGUACCAUGACUAUACACCUUCGUGUUCACACUGGUGAGAAGCCUUUUUCUUGUAGUAUAUGUAAUAAGAGUUUUUCAAGCAGAAGUGACAUGACUAAACAUUAUCGUGUUCACACUGAGAAACCUUUAUCCUGUAGUAAAUGUAAUAAGAGUUUUUCAAACAGAAGUGAACUGACUGUCCACAGUCGUGUUCAUGCUGGUAAAAAACGUAAUUCUUGUAGUAUAUGUAAUAAGAGUUUUUCACAUAGAAGUCAUCUGACUGAUCACAUUCAUGUUCACACUGGGGAGCAAUCUUUUUCCUGUAGUAUAUGUAAUAAGAGUUUUUCAAGCAGAAGUUAUUUGACUACUCACAAUCGCAUUCACACUGGUGAGAAACCUUUUUCUUGUAGUAUAUGUAAUAAAAGUUUUUUAGACAGAAAUAAUCUGACUAGACACAGUCGUGUUCAUACUGGUGAGAAACCUUUUUCCUGUAGUAUUUGUAAUAAGAAUUUUUCACGAAGAAGUCAUCUGACUCAGCAUUUUUCUGUUCAUACUGGGGAGAAACCUUUUUCCUGUAGUAUAUGUAGUAAGAGUUUUUCAAACAGAAGUGAACUGACUAGUCACAGUCAUGUUCAUACUGGUGAAAAACCUUAUUCUUGUAGUAUAUGUAAUAAGAGUUUUUCGCAUAGAAGUUACCUGACUGAUCACAUUCAUGUUCACACUGGGGAGAAAUCUUUUUCCUGUAGUAUAUGUAAUAAGAGUUUUUCAAGCAGAAGUUAUCUGACUACUCACAAUCGCAUUCACACUGGUGAGAAACCUUUUUCCUGUAGUAUAUGUAAUAAGAGUUUUUCAAACAGAAAUAAUCUGACUAGACACAGUCGUGUUCAUACUGGAGAGAAACCUUUUUCCUGUAGUAUUUGUAAUAAGAAUUUUUCACGGAGAAGUCAUCUGACUCAGCAUUUUCGUGUUCAUACGAGUGAGAAACCUGAUUCUUGUUGUUAAUUCUUAGAGUUUAUCUCUAUAAAGGAAUUUUAUGCUCACUGCUCUGUUCAUAUUGCUGACUAACUUUAUUUUCGUAUGUUUAUUCACAUGAUGUUUAAAUGAUAGUAUAACCUGUUUAUAAGUAUAAUAUAGUGUUUAUAAGGAUAGUAUAACCUGAUAAAUAAACCUGUUCAUGAUUAUUUUCGUUUCAGUUUGGACUCUCACUCUAACAUUAUGUAACGAGUUUCAUAGAGAAAUAUUUUAACUCUCUGCUGAUUUGUCCAGAGCAACUACUACAAAUUAAAAGUUGUUUGUGGUUAAUGUCAGAUAUGGGCGUCGAUUACAACUGUAACUGAUUACAAAUAAUCGCUGCUUUGUGAUCAAUUACUCACAGUCAUGAUUGCAGGUAAUUGUGAUUACAAAUAAUCAUAAUUUUUGAUUACACUAGAGUAGGGCAAAAAUAUAAUUGAUUACAUUUUUCAAUUACAGUAAUCAAUUACUUGUAAUCAUGAUUACAAAUUUUCAUUAAAAUUGAAAUCGCGAUUACAUAACCAGUUACUGUAAUCAAGUACUACUUGUAAUCAUAAUUUCAAGCAAUCAAAAAAUAUGAUUACACAUAAUCAUGAUUGCAUGUAAUCGUGAUUACAAUUAAUCUAAAUAUGUGAUUACAUAUUUGUAUACGAAAUAAUUAGAUAUGCAUGUGGAAACAAUAUAGACUUGUACACUACGAAUGUAUGCAUUUUAUGCAAUCACUCGUCUAUGUAAAAUUCAUAUGUUCAUGUAGGCAUGCAUAUACAAGUAUUUGUUUGUAGAAAUAUAUAUACAUUGUACCAAUGUGUGUCCCAUCCAUGUAUCUACAAUAUUUUUUAUCUUAUGCAUCUAUGUACAAUGUAUGAAUAUUGUCAAAGUAUGAAUUUGUUGUCAAAGUUAAAAUGAUAUUCCAUUA